GUGCCCCCAAAAAUUUCCCCAUUUCCUUCCCUUCCUUUCCCCAAUUACCGCGCCGAGAAGGGGAACCCGCCGCCGCCGCCGCUCUGCACGCCGCCCAUGGCCUCCUCGUCGGAGAACGCGGGCGCGACGCUAGAGGAGCCCCAGGCCCCGCCGCUGCCGAAUCCGAACCCCAGCGAGGAGGCGCCCGGCGAGGGGGAGGAGGAGGAGCCCAAAACCCUAGAGCGGGCGCAGGAGCUGUUCGACCGGGGGUCCAAGGCCAUCGAGGAGGAGGACUUCGUCGACGCCGUCGACUGCCUCAGCCGCGCGCUCGAGAUCAGGACUUCACAUUAUGGAGAGCUUGCUCCAGAGUGUGCCAGCACAUAUUUUAAAUACGGAUGUGCCCUGCUAUACAAAGCACAGGAGGAGACUGAUCCAUUAGGCAAUGUUCCCAAGAAUGCACCAAAUGAAGAAUCAGCGAAGAGUACAACUGCUAAAGAUGAUAGUGUAAGCUCAAAGGCCUCUGUUAGCAAUGCGGAGGAUGCUGCAUCUUCAGAGAAAGUUGAUGCUGAAGAAGGUCAAAGCUCAAAUGGCAAAGAUCAUGGGGAUGGGAAUGGUGAAAUUGAGAAGCAUGAUGAUGACGAUGACGAGGAUGAGAAGAUGGGAGAUGAAGAAGAUUCCGAUGUGGAUCUUGCAUGGAAAAUGUUGGACAUUGCAAGGGCCAUAGUUGAGAAGAGCCCAGAAAACACUAUGGAGAAAGUAAAAAUUUAUUCUGCACUUGGUGAAGUUGCAUUGGAAAGAGAGGACAUAGACAACUCACUCAGUGACUACAUGAAAGCUUUAGCCAUGUUGGAGCAAUUGGUUGAGCCUGAUCAUCGUCGAACUGUAGAACUAAACUUCCGCAUAUGUUUGGUUUACGAGCUGGCAUCCAAGAUUGGAGAUGCAAUCCCAUAUUGUGCAAAAGCGAUUUCACUAUGCAAGUCACGCAUUCAGAGUCUGAAAGAUUCCAAGGAUGCUUCUUUGGCUGGUAAAGAUGGUGAAUCUGCUGCUGAAGGAGUCUCAGAAAAAUCUGCUCCUGAAGCUGAGAUAGAGCAGCUUAGUGGCAUAUUGACUGAACUUGAGAAGAAGCUUGAAGACCUGGAGCAAGCUAUGUCGACCCCAAGGUCUGCUAUAGAUGAGUUCUUGAAGACGAUUGCAUCCAGAGCAGCUGCUGGGCAGAAAGGUGCUGAUGGCAUCCCAAGGGCUGCAUCUUUUACUUCUUCGCAGAUGGCCACUUCGAGCAAUGGCUUUGACUCCUCAGUCAUGUCUACGGCAGCGACAACCGGAAGCACUGGAAGCACUGUAACUGACCUCGGGGUUGUAGGCAGAGGUGUCAAACGAGCUAACAUCAAGCCGAUCACAGCUGAACCUGCUCCGAAGAAGCCUGCUGUGGAUUCAGCAUCUGCGAAAGGUGAUAGCAGCAACAGCUCGGAGGCUCUUCCUACAACACAGAACGGUGACGAAUCUGUAUGGAAGUAGAGCGCACUCAGUAGCCUUACCUAUCAUGUUAACUCGCUGGAACCUGUUAGCCGCUUAUGUCUGUGGUUCUGUCUCACUUAAUCUGGUCCGCUGUUAGCCGUUUUAGCUUAAGCUAUUUAAAUGUUUGAGAAGGGGACUGUUCGAGCCAUGUACUCAUCCUGAGAUUUGGAACUUGUAACGUUUGAUUGCUGAGAAGUUUAUCACGCGUGGUGAGUUGCCUGGUUUAUCGUAGCAUGUGUGGGUGUGGUGAGAUGAAUCCUACUGUUCACUUGCCCUACAGUACCUCCUAUGUUGACUCGCUGGAGGUUUCACUUAAAUGCUGGCCGUUCUAGCAAAGUUAUUUGAAAUU